ACUCUGCGCUCGAUUGCUUUCCCCUCCUGUGUCUUGUGAGUCGAUAGCAGAGUCGAUGCUAUCGCUGAUGCAACACACUGACAGGUCUACCCAGCCGGCUUUUCUCACCCGCGUCUCAUUACAAGAAGACAGGUUUUGAGAAGGCCCUGCGCCAUGGCAGAUCAGCUGAGUCCAGAUGAGAAGUUGAACCUCAUCACCAGGAACCUCCAGGAGGUCCUUGGAGAGGAGAAGGUGAAGCAGGUUCUUCAGGAGAGAGAGCUGAAGGUGUACUGGGGCACAGCGACCACCGGCAAACCCCACGUCGCCUACUUCGUCCCCAUGUCCAAGAUCGCAGACUUCCUCAAGGCCGGGUGUGAGGUCACCAUUCUGUUUGCAGACUUGCACGCCUACCUAGACAACAUGAAGGCCCCCUGGGAGCUGCUGGAGCUGAGGGUGAAGUACUAUGAGCAGGUCAUCAAGGCCAUGUUGGAGAGCAUCGGUGUGCCUCUGGAUAAACUCAAGUUUGUCAAAGGAACUGACUACCAGCUGAGCAGAGAGUACACUCUGGAUGUGUACCGUCUGUCCUCCAUGGUGACGGAGCACGAUGCUAAGAAGGCUGGAGCUGAGGUCGUCAAACAGGUGGAGCACCCACUGCUGAGUGGUCUGCUCUACCCAGGACUACAGGCUCUGGAUGAAGAGUACCUCAAGGUGGACGCCCAGUUUGGAGGAGUUGAUCAGAGGAAGAUUUUCACUCUGGCAGAGAAGUACCUGCCCUCUCUCGGCUACGCCAAACGCGCCCAUCUGAUGAACCCGAUGGUACCAGGACUGACAGGAGCCAAGAUGAGCUCCUCAGAGGAAGAGUCAAAGAUUGAUCUCCUGGACACCAAAGAAGACGUGAAGAAGAAGCUGAAGAAAGCUUUCUGCGAGCCAGGCAACAUCCAGAACAACGGAGUCCUCUCCUUUGUCAAAUACGUCCUCUUCCCUCUACGCGGAGAGUUCUGCGUCAAAAGAGACCCAAAGUGGGGUGGAGACAAAAUCUACACUGCGUUUGAAGAGGUGGAGAAGGAGUUUGCUGAAGAGACCAUCCAUCCAGGAGACCUGAAGGCCUCAGUGGAAGUUGCACUAAACCAGCUGCUGGAGCCAAUCAGAAAGAAGUUUGAGUCUCCUGAGCUCCGCAAACUUACAAACUCUGCCUACCCCAGCGCCUCAAAGACGAAAGCAGCAGGAAAGGGUGCCAAAGCAGGAGGAGGUGGAGCAGGAGGAGACAAUGAUGAGCUGUCUCCUUCCAGACUGGACAUCAGGGUGGGCAAGAUCGUCAGUGUGGAGAAGCAUCCAGAUGCCGACUCGCUGUACCUGGAGAAGAUUGAUGUGGGAGAGGCGGAGCCGAGGACGGUGGUCAGCGGGCUCGUGGCCUAUAUUUCACAGGAGGACUUACAGGACAGGAUGGUGUUGGUGCUGUGCAAUCUGAAACCCCAGAAGAUGCGAGGGAUCGAGUCUCAAGCCAUGCUGCUGUGUGCCUCGAUUGAAGGGGAGCCGAGAAGGGUGGAGCCUCUGGACCCUCCAGAGGGGUCAUCGCCAGGAGAACAGGUCUUUGUGGAGGGAUAUGAGAACGGCAAACCCGAUGACAAACUCAACCCAAAGAAGAAGGUGUGGGAGAAACUACAGGUGGACCUGAAGAUCUCAGAUGAGUGUGUAGCUCAGUGGAAAGACAACCAGCUGAUGACCAAACUAGGACAGAUCACAUGUAAGACACUCAAAGGAGGCAACAUCAGUUAGACACAGAUCACACUGACCACCGACGCUGCUCCUGCCGGCCACAUUACAUCAACUGCACUCUCAUCAGAAAAAUCACCCUGGCAACCAACAGUCAGACUUCAUCUGGUUGUGAUGAUGAUGGGACAAUUACGCCACGAGGUGCUUUGGACUGGCUGCAAAUUCUGUGACCUUGCUUUGACUAUUGGAAAAAAAGAACCUUGUACAACAACAAUUCUGUAACUAAUGAUUCAGCCUAUAAUUCAUUACUGUCUUGUUUUUUUAAUUUUACCUGGGAUUAUUUGGUGUUAUUAGCACACUUGAUUAUACAUAUAUGACACUGUUUCUGUCAAAGAGACACAUUACUACUCAGAAAAUGUAAUUUGGAAUGUUGCAGAGCUGGUUGUUCCUGGAUGUAGCUGAUAAGGAUUCUCAGGUGUUUGCAAAGGGACUUAAUGUUUCAGUCGGCUCCACAUUGUGUCAGUGGCCUUCAUUGUAAAUGUCAGGGCAGUGACCAAUCUGUCAAGCUCUAAUUAAUUAGAAUGGUUUUAUUAGUUUCAGACAUCAGAUGUGUGUAAAAAUCAGUAUGUGAUGAACUGUAAGACAUGGAACGGUUGCAUCUGGGCAAGUGUUGUACAGAAAUAAUUAUCUGGAGUUUAACUGUCAUAAUCAAAUAUUGCAUCAUCUCUUAAUAUGGAAUAAACGCUGGCUGAAUUGUG